AGUUCCAGCAGUUUGAUUUGGUCUGUGGAAGAAGCAACAACGGAAAAGCAUGUGCUACGCAAGCAAAGUAAUAAAGCCGCACAUGAAAUUAAUGAGCAGCGUGGCAAGUGGAAAGGCUCGACCUUUUCAAGAUCUUCCGGGUCCUAGACGAUUCCCAUUUCUUGGAACAAUUAAUGAUAUCAUUCAUUUAGGAAACCCUAAAACGCUACAUUUAACGAUAUCCAAGCAUCAUAUAAAAUAUGGACCAUUGUUUAAAAUUCAAAUUGGGAAUGUUAAUGCCGUUUUCAUAAAGGAUCCUGACAUGAUGAGAAGUGUGUUUGCAUACGAGGGUAAAUUUCCAAAACACCCUCUGCCGGAAGCGUGGACUUAUUUUAAUGAAAAACGAAAAUGCAAACGGGGCUUAUUUUUUAUGGAUGAUGAAGAGUGGUUGCAUUAUCGUAAACUGCUUAAUCAACCAUUGUUGCGCAAUACAAGCUGGAUGAUUGGACCAAUUAAACGAGUGAGCGACAAUACAAUCAAGAGCUUACCACAUAACGCAAAACAUAGUGAUUGUAAAGAAAAGCGAUUUGAACUGCACAAUGUAGAGUCUGUAUUGUACAAAUGGUCAAUUGAAGUUCUGCUCAGUGUGAUGCUCGGAAGCUCAUAUAAUGAAAUUAAUGCAAUCAAAUUAAACGAAUUAGUCGAACAGUUCUCUCGAACUGUGUACCAAAUCUUCAUGUACAGUUCGAAGCUGAUGGCCGUUCCUCCUGAAAUAGCCGAUCGUCUGCAGCUAGAUGCAUGGAAACAAUUUGAAAGGAUAGUGCCAGAAUCCCUCGCCAUUGCUAAUAAAAUAAUCGACAUAUCUAUAGAUGACAUUGAACGUGGUGAUGGACUUCUAUCAAAAUUGGAAGACUGCAUCCCCUCUCGAGAUAGUAUAAAACGAAUUUUCUCAGACUUUAUCAUCGCUGCAGGAGAUACGACUGCAUUUGCCACAUUGUGGUGCUUGUAUCUUCUAGCCAAAAAUCAAGCUGUUCAAACAAUGGUACGAGACGAAACCAAGCAUGAUUUUCUAGAAUCACCGCUUAUUCGUGCAACAGUGAAGGAAUCUCUCCGUCUGUUCCCUAUUGCUCCAUUCAUUGGACGCUUUUUGGCUACUGAUGCUAUUAUUGGUGACUACUGCAUUCCAAAAAAUACUCUUGCAUUGCUAUCGUUAUACUCUGCUGGCAGAGACGAGGUAAACUUUUACUUGCCGAACGAAUUUCUUCCGCAAAGGUGGUUACGAAGGGACGAUAAAAACCAAUCGAUUAUACCGUUCAAUGCCAAUGCUAGUUUACCAUUCGCUAUUGGAAGUAGGAGUUGCAUAGGGCGCAAAGUUGCAUUGAUUCAAAUGCAAUAUUUACUGUCAAAGAUACUGAAUGAAUACCGUUUGACAGUAUUGAAUGAUGAAGAAGUCGAUGCUGAACUUAAAUUGGUAACAGUUCCUAAUAAAAAGGUUAAGCUCGCAUUUCAUAAACUUCAAUAGUGAUAGUGAUAAUUACUGACACAUAGUAAACAGAUUUGCAAAUGUAUGUAAAAUAAACGAAGGAUUGUAGUUUUUUUUGUUUGUGCCUUAUUGGUGCCUUUGUCAUACUACAUGCGAAUGCGGAAAUGGCAACUUUGGCAAAGAAGGCUCACAGGUGGACUGUGAAAGAGCUCAUCGAACACUAAGCUGAGACGCAGGCUCUGUCCCAGUGAGGGCGUUAUGUCAAGAAGAAGAAGAAGUGUAAGUGUGUUACCAUUUACUUUGUUUUCCUUACAUCAUUUUGAAAUUGGACGUCUGUUCUCUACGGCGUAAAAUUUCCAAAAACGCACAUUUGCCCAAAAUUCCACGCGGUGGUCAUGGCUCAUAUAAGAAUGAAGUAAAAUUCUUCGGGAAACGCCGCAUGCAAUUUUGAGCAAACGCGUUAAUAUGGUCAAUGAUUCUAAAAACUGCGCGAUAGUUUGUAUCUAGUUAAGCAAAUGUUUUGUAAGUUUUUAGUUUUCAGUAUAAGCUUGAUAUUGCCAAAACAUUAGCAAAACUGUCUUAGGAAAAUCUUAGUUGUAUGUAAGUAUAAAUUAUAUAAAGUAAAUACAUCGUUACAUUGGUUGCAAAUAUC